AUGUUCAGGAGCGGCAGCAGCAGACGCGCAACAGGCUUUGCGGCAGCAGCAAAGUACCAGUACAAAGCUAACUGCGCAGCUCAGCAGAGGCAGCAGCAGCAGCAGACGCUGCAGCAGCAGCAGCAGCAGCAGCAGCAGCUGCUGCUGCAGAAGGAAGCUCACGCGGGCAGCAGGGCGGCGGCGCUACAGCCUGAAUCUGCUCGCUCCAAAGGAAGCAGCACAGCGCCAGCAGCAGUAGCACCAGCUGCAGCAGCAGCAGCAGCAGCAGCAGCAGCAGCAGCAGCAGCAGCAGCGACGCCUAGCAGCAAAAAGAAAGAAGAGACAGAGAGACACAGCAGCGCAGCAGUUCUCAAGAGGUGCGGCAACGCCUUUGCCCUUUGGCUGUGUUCUCCUGGUGCUGCAGCAGCAGGCCCUGCAGCAGCAGUUGCAGCAGCAGCAGCAGCAAACGCAGCUAAGGCAGCAGCCUCAACUGCAGCCGCUGCUGCUAUUAAGUUUCCUAAAGCAGCACCAGCAGCAGCAGCAGCAGCAGCAGCAGCAGCAGAAAGCCCCGACACUGACAAGGCGGAGCUCGGCGGCAAGGCCGUUGGCUCAGGGACUUCUGCUGCAGCUGCUGAGGCAGCAGCAGCACCAGCAGCGGCAGCAGCAGAAGCAGGAGCGCCAGCAGCAGCAGCAGCAGCAGCAGCAGCAGCAACACCGGCAGCAACAGCAGCAGCAGCAGCAGCAGCAGCCGCCGAACCCGUGCAGCAAGUGUCGAAACCACAGCUGCCUGACAUUCCAUCUGCAGCAGCAGAAUUCGCAGCAGCACCCACUGCUGCUGCAGCAGACGCAGCAGCAGCAGCAGCAACGCCUGCUGCUGCUUCCCCCCCCAGCAGCAAACUGCUGAGGGCUGUUUUCUUAGGGACAGUCUCUGCAGCAGAAGCUGCUUGUUUGGCUGCAGCAGCGCAGCAAGACCAAUCGCCCCUAAUGGAGGCGCAGCAAUACCCACAGCAGCAGCAGCAGCAGCAGCAGCAGCAGCAGCAGCAGCAGCAGCAGGAGCAGCAGCAGCAGAAGCAGCCGUACGGGACCACAGUGUUCUGCUGCCGUGCGUCUGGGCCAAGUACCAAGCAGCGCGAAGUGCAGCAGCAGCAGCAGCAGCAGCAGCAGCAGCAGCAGCACGAGGGCAGCCGGCAGGUGUCAGGGCCCCAGCGGCAGCUGCUGCUGCAGCAGCAGCUGCUGCUGCAGCAGCAGGAAGCGCCGCCGCAUCUGAGCCAGGAAAGACAAAAUCGAGUUUUGGAAUUUAAAAAAACAAUUUUGCAAAGAAAGAAAGAUAUAGAGAGGGACUAUUCUCAGAGGCAGCAGAUCGUGGAAGAUGUGAGGGUUUAG